AUGUCUGCUUUAUUUACAAAAAACACUACUUGGGUUCCUGAUUAUUGUCAAUCAAUCCCUUUAUAUCGUGGCAUCAUCAAUGACGCGUUGGCAGGCAUUAGUAUUGGUGGAUCCAUCCGCGAAGAAAAUGUUGAAACUGGUGAAAGUAGUUCUGCAGCAUUGCCUGAUGAUUUGAGAGAAUAUAACUUUAGAUCAUUACCUGGCGAAAAUUCUUCUCUUGGAUCAUCAGAUAAUGCUGCAAGUAAUUCAGAACUAUUUUUACAACAAGGAGAAGUAGAAAAACAGAUGGACAAAGAAAGACAGAUCAUGCAAGUUUAUUUUCAUUCUUCGAUCUUCCACACCUGA